CUCCUCCGCCCCUGCCCCGCCCCCGCGGGUUAGCUCGGGUCUCAAAACCAACAACUUCUGAGGCAGUUUGCAAGUACGUGAAUGAGGACACCCCCCUGCACCAUGCUACUGUCUGUGGCCUCUAUGGUUCACACUGGAGUGAGACUAGCCCCUCUCACACAGAGGACCCCUGCGCUCCGCUGCCUGUUCACUCCAGACCAUGCCCUCAGCUCCGCCCACCACAGACAGUUCAGUGUCUCAGCCAACCAGACGCCCUCAUAUAGCUACGUGGUCGUGGGGGCAGGCUCCGCAGGCUGCGUUCUGGCCAAUCGCCUCAGUGAAGACUCUCAUGAAUCCGUGCUGCUGCUGGAGGCGGGGCCUAAGGACCAACUCCUGGGCAGUGUGCGUCUGUCCUGGAAGAUCCAUAUGCCUGCGGCGCUCACCUACAACCUCUGUAAUGACAAGUAUAAUUGGUUCUACCACACUGAGCCCCAGACCCACAUGGAUAAGCGUGUGCUGUACUGGCCCCGGGGCAGGGUAUGGGGGGGCUCCUCCUCUCUCAACGCCAUGGUGUACAUUAGGGGCCACGCUGAGGACUACAACCGCUGGGACAGUGAAGGAGCAGAGGGCUGGGGCUAUGAACACUGUCUUCCAUACUUCAAGAAGGCCCAGAGCCAUGAACUGGGAGAAGACAGGUACCGCGGAGGCAGUGGCCCAUUGAAAGUGUCCAGGGGUAAGACCCAGCACCCUCUGCAUGUGGCCUUUAUCAAGGCUGGACAGCAGGCAGGAUACCCCUUCACCGACGACAUGAACGGAUACCAGCAGGAGGGCCUGGGCUGGAUGGACAUGACCGUCUACAAAGGGAAGCGGUGGAGCACAGCCAGUGCAUAUCUCCGGCCGGUCCUGGGCCGUCCUAACUUGAAGGCAGAGGUGUGCUGUCUCACCACCAAGAUCCUGUUUGAUGGGAGGCGCGCCGUUGGAGUGGAGUAUACCCAGAGAGGCCACAAGAAGAGGGUGUUUGCGGAGAAGGAGGUGAUUCUGAGCGGAGGGGCCAUAAACUCUCCCCAGCUACUGAUGCUGUCUGGAGUGGGGAACGCAGACGACCUAGCCCAGCACGGCAUCAGUGUCGUCCAACACUUACCUGGUGUGGGCAGUAACCUCCAGGACCACUUGGAGCUGUAUGUGCAGCAGCAGUGCACCCAGCCUAUCACCCUGUACAAGGCCCAGAAGCCCUUCCACAUGGUCAAGAUUGGACUGGAGUGGCUCACCAUGUUCACAGGGUAUGGAGCCACAGCUCACCUGGAGAGUGGGGGCUUUAUCCGCAGUCGCCCUGGGGUCACUCACCCGGACAUCCAGUUCCACUUCCUGCCCUCUCAGGUCAUUGACCAUGGCCGAGUGGCCUCCAAGAUCGAGGCCUACCAGGUUCAUGUGGGCCCCAUGAGGAGCACCAGUGUGGGCUGGCUCAAACUGAAAAGCGCCAACCCUCUGGACCACCCCAUCCUGCAGCCCAACUACCUCUCCACAGACAUAGACGUGUGGGAGUUCCGGGAGUCAGUCAAACUGUCCCGGGAAAUCUUCGCUCAGAAAGCCUUUGACCCAUUCAGAGGCCCUGAGGUGCAGCCGGGACCCACCGUCCAGUCAGAUGCUGACAUCGAUGCCUUUGUGCGCCGCAAGGCCGACAGUGCGUACCACCCGUCCUGCACCUGUAAGAUGGGUUCCCCCUCUGACCCCAUGGCUGUGGUGGACCCGAACACCCGCGUCCUGGGACUGGACGGGCUCCGUGUGGUGGACGCCUCCAUAAUGCCCAGUAUUGUGAGCGGGAACCUCAACGCUCCCACCAUCAUGAUGGCCGAGAAGGCAGCCGACAUCAUCAGAGGGCGCCCCCCGCUGGUGGACUGCGGGGUGCCAGUGUACCAGCCACCAACACUCCAGACGCAGAGAUAGAACACAACAACCUCAAAUUAAACAAAAAAAAAAAGAGAAUUAUGUAAGCCAGUUCAGAUGACUCGAAUUCAGACCAUUUAUUUAAAUUUAACUAGUUUGGGUUAGGCUGUUUUUGUUUAAUUUCAUUUUUUUUCAAGGUACAUUUUUUUACAGAUACUGCUGGGUUUCAGAUGACAUUCAUUAGGCCAGUAUUAUUUAAAGGGCCGAUAUUACAUUAUUUUCUGAUCUAUGUUAUAAUGUUGUUUCCUCAUCACACACAGACCUGGAGUUGUGUUUUGUUUCAUUCUCACAUGUUUAACACACAAACCUGCAGAUUUAGGCUGAGUUCUUCUCUCAAACUGAAAACACUCUGUUCCAUCUUCACUAGAAUCAUUUGGAUAAAUUCAGCCCUGAAAUCGGCCAUCUCUACUGAACAAAAUUCAAACGUGUGAAUGAAACGAAACACAACUCCAGGUCUGUUUUUGAGGAGCACACUACAUUAUAACAUGAUUUAAAGCUCAAAAGAAUCCAUUUUGGGUAAUACAGGACUUAAUGUAAGAUUUUGAAACCAAUCAGUCCAAAAUAUAUUGAAAUACACAAACCCAAACUAUUCAAAUGACAUUUAAUAUUCUGAAUUCUAGCCAUUUCAAUGUUUCUUCAUAUAAGAAAUGAUUCAUCAACAGUGAUUUAUUUGCACAGCUAUGAAAAUCAACUAGAAUGUGAACACUAGACUGAAAAUCCUGAUUGUGAAAUUGUAUCUAAAGCAGCUUUUACCAGCCUUUAAUAUAUUUACAGCAUGUUUGAUCAAAGUGUGUUUUUUAGAGUUAAGUAGAGGUCGGAGGUGUGCCUUGACUGAAGCUUUGCAGAGAUUGUACCUUGUGCCAUAAUGUAUAAUAUUUCCCUUCUCAUUCACCCUCAGAAGUAUUUCAAGUGAUUCAUGCAUGUUUGAGUAAGCUUUCUUCUCAAAUGCUCAAUCUUUAUACUCAAAUUGAUUUUUUUACAGUAUCAAUACUUGCUCAAAUGAGUAUCUAGUUUCAGUAUUCAUUUUAGCAUCGAUUAGUGUCUGAUUUUUGAUAAACCAGAUCAUUUCAACAGGAAUGAUCUGAUUUUUGAAAUUUUAUUGAAGGAAUAUACCACUGAAUUUCAUUUAUUUGAGCCCUAUUUUAUGAAGCAUGUUAGUUUUUGUCAGUUGUCUAAUUUGUGCAAAAAAGACUGUAGUGUUUUAAACUUGAUUUCAAUACUAAGCAACAGACUUGAUUUGAAUUUGAUACCAAUAGACAAUAGAAACAAUAGAAUCUGAUUUUCAACAUUAAAUAAUAGUACUUUCUUUGUGUCUUGUUCUGAUACAGCUCCAGAUCAUUCUAAAAUUAUUCAGGAAAGGUUCAUUUCUGUCCUAUGAAUGUGUUUUAGUAUUGAUAUCUGCUGGAAUGAGAGUCUAGUUUUGAUACUACUUUUAAUAUCGAUUAGCAUCUGAUUUUCGAUACUUUCCUUAAUUAUAUUUACAUUUCCUUUAUUUUAACUGUUUUAUGAAGUAGUUUAGCUUUAAUCAGUCGACUCAUUUGUGCAAUAAUUAGAACGUUUUAUUUGAUGUUCAUUAUUUCAGAUACAGAACACUACAGUUGAUGUGAAAUCUCAGGUUGCAAUAUGUUCUAAUCAUGUUUGUGAGUUAUGAAGCUCUUAAAUCUUAUCAAAUAUUGUCUUAAUUGUAUUUUAUUGGUGUGUUGUAAAAUUUCAAUAUAACGCUUGACAUCCAGUACAGUUUACAAAAUAUACAAUGUGUGGUACUAUAUAUGAGAACAAUGCUCAUGCUUUUAUAUCUAGUUUACUAGAAUCGUCCAGGUGCCAUAGUUACUCAAAUGUCAGUAAAAGCGUGCAGUUUGGAACACACGUUGAAGGAAGAAAUUUGAUUAUUUUUUGUGUGAAAUUGCAGUUAUUAAAAGUUUAUAUUGUGUAUCUUCAGGAAAUUAGUAUUGAAAACUAAGUUUUUAAUAACAGAAUAAAAUUUGAUUGAUCGACCAGUGUACGGAAAAAAAAUUAUAUUUUUGAAUGAUAAAAUCAUGUAAUUCAUAAUUAUUUUUGCACAAGUGCUUUUAGUGUUUACAUGAAGUUUAUGAAGAAUGUUAUUUUUUAUUUUGAAUUAAGAAAAUGUAAAAAAAACAAAACAAAUCUAAGCACCUUUUGUUUGCUUUUGCUCAGUAACU